UGGGGGUUUCCCGGAAGCUGCGCUCAAAAUGCUGAAGCGCUCGGUGCCCGUCUCUAGGGUGGCGCUGAUUGGAGUCAGUCCUCGGGCCUGAGCCUCGAGGCUAGGCUCCUGGGUGUCGUUAAUGUUCGGGGCCGCGGGGCGCCCACCGAUCGGAGCUGCAGCCGCCGGGAACCGCUGGCAUUUCAGCCGGACCAUGGAAGAGCUGGUGCAUGACCUGGUGUCGGCCCUGGAGGAGAGCUCGGAGCAGGCCCGCGGGGGCUUCGCGGAGACGGGGGACCAUGCCCGCAGCCUCUCCUGCCCCCUCAAACGCCAGGCCCGGAAGCGGAGGGGGAGGAAGCGGAGGUCCUACAACACGCAUCACCCGUGGGAGGCGGGCCACGGCCUGAGCGAGGGCUCGGACUCCAGCCUGGAAGAGCCGGGCAAGGACUACAGGGAGAACCCCGCCAGCUACAAGAAGGAUCACAGCGACUCGGACGACCAGAUGCUGGUGGCCAAGCGCAGGCCGGCAUCCGCCCUGGGCGGCGGCGCGCGGGGCAAGCGGCCGCUGUGGCACGAGGCGGACUUGGCCUUGGACGGCCUGGGCAGCCGCAGCCUGCGGCGCCGCCGCAAGGUCAAGCGCAUGGCCGUGGACCUGCCGCAGGACUCCUGCAAGCGCCCCAUGACCCAGCCCCCCGACGGCUGCAGGGACCAGGACAUGGACCACGACCGGGCGUACCAGUACCCGGACUUUCCCAAGAGCAAGGUCAAGAAGCGGAGGCUGAGGCUCCCCAGACAGGGCCCCAAAACCCAGGACGAAGGGCUGGUCUUGGACAGCGAGGAGCUGAGCCAGGCCACCAAGGACAAGAUGGAAUACGAGGAGCAGAAGGUCUCGGACGAGCUCAUGAGCGAAAGUGACUCCAGCAGCCUCAGCAGCACUGAUGCUGGCCUGUUUACCAACGAUGAGGGAAGGCAAGGUGACGAUGAGCAGAGCGACUGGUUUUAUGAAAAGGACUCGGGAGGAGCGUGUGGCAUCACGGGGGUCAUUCCCUGGUGGGAGAAGGAAGAUCCCGCUGAGCUGGACAGGCACCUGCCAGACCCCGUCUUUGAAAGCAUCCUAACGGGUUCCUUCCCCCUCAUGUCGCAUCCCGGAAGAAGAGGUUUCCAAGCUAGACUCAGUCGCCUCCGUGGAAUGCCUUCCAAGAAUCUUAAAAAGUCCGGAGGGACCCCACCUUCAAUGGGGACCACUGCGGGGCCAGGCAGUAACAAGAGGAUGGUUCACUUCUCCCCGGAUUCUCACCACCACGACCACUGGUUCAGCCCCGGGGCCAGGACCGAGCACGGCCAGCAUCAGCUUCUGAGAGACAACCGAGCCGAGAGAGGACACAAGAAAAACUGCUCUGUGAAGACGGCCAGCAGGCAAACCAGUAUGCAUUUAGGAUCAUUGUUCAUGGGAGAUGUCAAACGGAGAAGGAAGGCAGCACCCUUGCCUGGACCGCCUACAACAGGAUUCGUUGGAGAAAACGCCCAGCCCAUCUCAGAAAACAACAUAGGGAACCGCAUGCUCCAGAAUAUGGGCUGGACACCUGGCUCGGGCCUCGGACGUGAUGGCAAGGGACUGGCCGAGCCCAUUCAAGCCAUGCAGAGGCCAAAGGGAUUGGGACUUGGAUUUCCGCUACCAAAUAGCACUCCCGCAGCCCCCAGCACCCCGAUCCCCGCCUCGGGGACAUCCGCCUGAGAAGAAACCCUUCACAGUUUUGCUUCGCUUGCUCUGUGUCCCAUUGUUCUGAGAUUACAGCACAGCUUCUGUUCAUGGAGCACAAACCGGCAAGGCCUCAGACCUGGCACACCAGCUUCCUCACCGCAUCCAGUCCUACCGCGGCGACAGAGUUGCGCUUUCAUCACAGCUCCUGGUGCUCAAGUUCAAACCAUCCCUUUAAUGUUGCCAGCAACUUUCGGCUGUUUUUAGGUAUAAAGAACAAAUCAUCCCUCUUAUUUAUUUUGAUCGCAAAUGUCAGUAAUGGCUGAUGCUUUUAAGCUUGAUUCAUUCAUAUGUGUGUGUGUGUGUGUGUGUGUGAGGUCCGGGCAAAUGUGAGUGCAUCCAAGGGUUUCUAAGAUGGGACAGGCCAGGGAGGUUGUGUCUCCAUCACCCUGAUUGAGGGUGACUCAGAAGACCCAUCAGUGAGGUUCUAAGUGAAUCUGUGAUUGGGAGAUGUGUCAGUUCCAUAGUUGUUGAGUUUGGCAUUUGUGAGUAAGUCCGUGUGUGUGUGUGAGGAUUCUCUAAUGGAGAGAUACCCAUUUGUCUUCUGACCUUGGACAGUGUAGUGUGAAGUUCAAAGUUGACCAACUGCAAUGAACGUAUCCCUCUGAUGUUUUGACAAAAAUAAACCUCAUCCCUAUUAUCACCAGAGUGCCCUCAACAUCACUUUAGUGCGUGUUUAUAAAUUUUACCUCGUUUAGAACAUAAAGUAAUUAUUGAAAGAAAAAUGUAUUUUUUAAAUUCAUCCUGAAUUUAGAACUAUAAAUUCUAUUAAUCUAGACUGACUUCUACCUCUCUCUUCCCAAAGGUUGAUUUUUUUUUUUUUUUAAAGAUCAACUCAACUGUAGUAAACUAAUUUUAAAAUGUAACCAUUGGUGUAAGUUAGAAUAUUGAACCCAUUUAUUUGAAGAUAUAAAUGGCUCUCCCAAGAAUUCAAAUGUCAGGCAAUGAGCCAACCCAUUUACAAGGUGAACAAAAAUGAAUGGAACCUACUUGCCCUUUUCACAUCUUAGCAGUUUCUUUAAAACCAAGCAAAGCAAGUCAUUUUUAUUAUGUGCCUGGUAGUCUUAUGUCUGAAUCACCUGCUUCGUAAUGUUAGAGAUUCAAAUUGCUCCUUAGUUUAGAAGAUGCCGAUUUGUCAUCUCCUGCAUUGGUAAUGACCAAUAAUAAUAUUCUAUUUGUAAUGGCCUUUAUUGGUUAAGUAAAGACCAAGAUCACACAUGUGAAUCUCCUUGCUAGAGGUUUUGUUUUUUGUUUUUAAGGUCUUGAGGUUUUAGGUUCACUGCCAAAUGAAGGUGAAGGUACAGAGAUUUCUCAUAGAUACCCCUACCCCCACAUAUGCCCAGUUUCGCCCGUUAUCAACAUCCCUGACCAGAGUGGUACCUUUGUUACAGCAGAGGAACCUACCCUGAUACAUCACCAUCGCCCAGUUCACAUUACAGUUCACUCUUGGUGCUGCACAUUCUAUGGACUUGGACAAAUGUAUAAAUGACAUUAUAGCACCAUACAGAGUAGUUUUACUACUCUGUAUGGUGCUAUAAGUUCUCUGUGCUCUACUCUAAUAGGUUGUUGAAAAUCUGUAAAUUCCCAAGAGAUUUUUAAAGGAGGGAGAGGGUUUUGUGUGUGUCAUAGACCUUACGGGAGUGGUACCCAAAGAAAACACCACCAAUUAGAGAGAGGAAGUCCAGCCUGCCCCUGGAAAGCCUGGUGAUUUGCCAAAUGUACACAUUUUGUAAGCAUCAUCUUCCCUCUUAGGGGUACUGUGGUAAGAGGACAGUUUGACUUGAGGAACUAUGGGCUACCAGGGGAGUUGAUCUUUGGAAGCAUUCUUAUUGGGUGAAGUAACUGCUAUUUUGUACAAGCUUGGUACUUAGAAAACUGUCAUUUUUAAAGAGUGCUUUUUGUGAAAUACUCCUCUUGGAUGUAAAGGGGGAAAGCUGGGAAAGAUUGUCCAGAUAGUGGUCUAAAAACUUCUUUAAACCCCAGUAUUUUCUGAAGAUCUUAAGCUUUUCUAAAAUCCUGGCACUUUGAAAAUCCAUCUCAUUUGGAGCCACUGAUGCACACACAGUAAGGUUAUCAGGCGACUGGCCCCAGACGCCUGUGAAUGUGGCGGGUCCUUUCACUUCAUCUGCUCUAACUCCUAAGGGAAGAGCGGACCAUAAACAAGUGGCCAGAGAGCCCCUGAGGUAAAGACUGCAGCCUUCAUGCAUGCUUCUUACUGUCUUUUCAACUGUCCCAAUCUUCUAGAUGCUCCCUUAACCUGGGUGUGGUCCUCUAACACACACACAUACACACACACACACACACACACCCGCCCCCAACCAUAAAAAUCCAUCUUUAUUGGUACCGCUGAUAGGAGAAAAGCUUACUCUUGGCUUUUAGCGCCCUCUAUGUGGCUCGCUGAGGACUUAAAGUAAUUCCUCUUCCAUGGAAGUGCUUAACUACAUGGAAUCCAUGAAUCCACACCCAGAGUAGACAAGUGGUGAUGUCCAGGAGCCUUCCCCCACCAAAUCCGCCCUCCCCCGCCCCACUUCUGCUCUCACAGACAUUCACCAGAAGCGCACAUGACCCUGCACCAUUGGGUCCUUAAAGAAUAGCAAUGCAGACACAUGACAUCCUGCCUGUACCUGAUCUUAAUGGGAGAAGUAAGCACAACUUAAACAUGGAACUUUUAAUGUAAAUCAAUUAUCUUUUAAGUAUAAAGUCCACUAAUUUAUUUGUUUUAUAUAUAGUUAUAGUUCACUUUUUACCAGUUACUAUGCCUAUGGAACCCAAAGCGCCCAAAGCAAUUUAUAAUGAAGAACUUGUCAUCCAUAUCUCCUUACAAAGGUGGUGAGAUUUUUCGCUGCUCCUUCUUAAAGCUCUUCUACAGUAGCCAAAGCUUCCUAUCACACUAAUUGGUAGUGCUAAAAAUUUUAGGGAGCGCAUCGGUCUCUCCCAUUACUGUCCAAAUUGUCCAUUCUCCAGCAGUAGCCAAGAGAGGCUGAGCAUGAAUUAGCAAUUCAACUUUUUGUCUUUAUGUACUUACUAGUAGCCCUGCACACAAAUCUGUGCGCCAGUAGCUCGCUGCUGUCCUAUAGCUCCUUCUGCCUGCCUCCCCUCAGCUUGCUGCCCUGCCCCUUCCUGUAGCUCUCAUCCCAUCCUGCUGAUCCGUGAUCCAGUCGUUACGCAGUUGGUCGUUACUUCAAGGUGUAUUGACCAUUUGCAUAUUACAUCUUUAUUAUACAGGAUUAUACUUGAUACUGGCCAGCCUGUGUGCUAGGGCCAUUCCCUCUCACCCUUCUUUUUUCUCCUCUCCCUCCUCCCCUUUUCUACCUCCCUUCCAUCCCUCCUUCCUUCUUUCUUUCCUUCCCUCUUUCCCUUUCCUCAAAUUUACUUGUUAAGGCUAUAUUCCCCUUAGAUUUGUUGGUUUUCAUUAUUAAAUUAUAUGGUACCCUUUUAAAAAAAAUUCCACUGCUAACUAGAAUUUAACCAAUUAAAUGGGCUCAGCUUUUGAAUACACAUAUUUUUAUAAUUCGUAUUGUGACUAUUAAAGAGAAGACAAUAGGGUUAAAGAUAAACAUAAUGUAUACAUAUGUGUGUGUUGACAGAGCACGCAUAUGCAACAUACAGACAUAAUUGCAAAACAUUGCAUCUUAUUAAUGUCUGUUUUAACAUUGUGAAUUGAUACUCUUGUAAUUAAUUGAACUGACAAUUGCUUCUCUUCAAUAUAUUUUCAUUUUGAGCAGAUGUCUCAUAAAAGAAAAAAAUAAUUGUUGACAUGCUUUUAGCAACCAUUGCUUCCUGUACAUUUUCUUUUUUAAAAAGAUUAUGUAAAUUGGUAUUGUAAAAUGAAGUUGUUUAGCAAGGAAUAUUUUGGAUUUUUAUUUUAUUUUAUUUUGGUAGAAAGCUAUAUUAAUAGUACAACAAAGAACCGAAGAAUAAACUUAAUGUUUAAGAAUGUUAUUUAUAAGAAGUCAUUGUCUUUGUGCUUUGUUUCCCUCUAAAAGUAAUAAAAAAUAAAGUUGAAAA